AUGUCAUUCCUCUUCAAAUAUUCUGCGGUCCUGCGGAUCACCAAGGCGCGUGAGCGCUGUCACAGAUUGGAGAGAGAGAAGAAGAAGGCAUUCAAGCACAGAGAGACAGAUUGCAAGACAUGUUAUAAUGCCUUGAAGAGGCUCUGUAAGAAACAGGAGCUGACAGAGAAGGAGGGGAUUGAGGCCUUAUUCAGGUCUCAAAUGCACUUCAUGAUCCAGGACAUUGAGGAGGCAGCCCUGCUCUCUGAGUAUGCCAAUCUGCUUAUCACUGGGGUGAAACCUGAGACAGCAGACCAGAAAAUACAGGAUUUUGAGGUGCAGGUUGACCUGACUGAGGAGGAGCAGUGA